AAAAAGGAGGGAAAACUGAUUUGUUGACAAAUAACAAAACAAUUAAAUCGUCUAUCUCGGUUGAUGACAACACAGAAUGCCAUCAAACGUGGAAAUUAAAGCUUCCAUUGCAAGCCUUUCAGAGUUUAAAAAGAAAGCUAAAGAACUUAGCAGAACGGAAGGAGAAGAACUGAUACAAGAAGAUGUAUUUUUCAAUGUUCCAAACGGUCGUUUGAAAUUAAGAACCAUUAAGGACGCAAAAUCAGAGCUGAUUUUCUAUGACAGACCGGACCAAGAAGGACCUAAGUUCAGUGAAUUUUACACAACCCCCAUAGAAGAUCCUGCUUCAUUUAAGGAGACUCUGGGUAGAGCUGUUGGGGUCAAAGGAAUAUUGAGGAAGGUGAGGACAUUGUACAUGGUGGGACAAACCAGAGUCCACGUAGACCAAGUGGAGGGACUGGGAGAUUUCAUGGAAUUGGAGGUACAGAUGCAGGAGGGACAAUCCGUUGAGGAGGGACAGAAGAUUGCAGAUGACCUCAUGGGGAAACUGGGGGUGUCAAAGAAGGACCUUAUUUCUGUGGCCUAUAUGGACCUUUUACUGAAAAAGCAGUCACAGGCAGCUCAAGGAUAGAGAU